GGCUUUUUAGCUGGGAAGCCAGGAAGAUUGGAGGCUUCAAGCAGCGAUUGAGUCUGGUCGCGGCGGCUGGCAUCAUGUCCCGCGUGCCGGUGCCCUGUCAUGUGAAAGGCACUGUAACCCUGCAGGUGGGCGACGUACGGACUUCCCAAGGCCGGCCUGGCGUGCUGGUUAUCGAUGUCACCUUCCCCAGCGUUGCGCCAUUCGAGUUGCAGGAGAUCACGUUUAAGAAUUACUACACAGCCUUUUUAAGCAUUCGUGUCCGUCAGCAUGCCUCAACACACUCACCAGCAAAGUGGGUGACCUGCCUGCGGGACUACUGUCUGAUGCCUGACCCACACAGUGAGGAGGGAGCCCAGGAGUAUGUGUCUCUGUUCAAGCACCAGAUGCUGUGUGACAUGACCAGAGUACUGGAGCUGCGUCUGAUUCUACGGCAGCCAUCACCACUCUGGCUGUCUUUCACAGUGGAAGAGCUGCAGGUCUACCAGCAGGGACCAAAGAGCCCCUCCAUGACCUUCCCCAAGUGGCUCUCCCACCCAGUACCCUGUGAGCAACCUAUCCCCCUCCUUGAGGGUCUUCCAGACCCCAGCAGGGUAUCUUCUGAGGUGCAGCAGAUGUGGGCGCUGACAGAAAUGAUCCGGGCCAGUCACACCUCCACAAGGAUCGGCCGUUUUGAUGUGGAUGGCUGUUAUGACCUGAACUUGCUCUCCUACACUUGAGCAGUGGCUCCUAGCUGAGACGUUGACUGUUCAGUGCCCACCCAGGCUUGGUUUGGGCUACCAGAGUCAGAAGAGUAUAACCUGUGCAUUCCAAGUAUUGC